AUGGAUACGUUCUGGGACUAUAUAAUCUAUCGGCAUCUUCGACCACGGAGUAUCCGAAAACAAACGCCUAUCUCACCAGUUCUGCUCAGGGUCGGGCUGAUAUUCUAUCUGGCACUUUCUCUCUCUGGAGCAGUGUUGAUUGCAGAUACUGUGCUGCAUUAUACAACAAGCACGAUCGAAUUGGAUGAUGUCUCAAGGUCGGCCCAGCUCGGAGAGUCAGGUCGGGGGCUUUCUGAGGAAUGUUUACAGCUCUCUCGUAUUGACAAUUCUGGUUAUCCGUGCUCCCGGAACAUCGGCUUAUCUGCAUCGGAUCCCAAUGCAUACCUACGGGAGCAAAGCGAGAUGUUCUAUCUACGGCACAACACAUCUCAGACUUCUGAGAUUCGGCUUGUCCCCGCGCAAGGUUCAGAGUCGACCGACGUCGUCCUGCUAAUUCCGAAAUCAAGCACAUUGUCCCCGUUCGUAGAUUACCGCGCCUCAACUAUUGGAAUCACAACUUCUUGCGAGCCCAUUACCGACAAAUGCCAGUUCGGUGUUUGGGGAGCUAAUGAUGCCUAUAGCGGAUUCUAUUGCAGUCCCUAUUUCUAUGGGGUCUUGGGCAAGACGGCCAUCAUUGCGAAUGAUUCGACAACGACCGACGACCCAGAUAUCCCUCCGCUAUCAUCCAAAAUCAGUCCGAAUCUACAGAUUGCGUUCUUUACGGACCAGGAUCUCGAGAUUCCCUACAAUACGCGUGCAUACGAUCUAACCACGGGUAAAGUGAACACUUCUAUACCUCUACUACCAGAUGACGAACUCGUAAACGAGGUAUGGGUAGCCAUUGCAGGAAGAGUGCCCACAAGUGCUCUCCAGGCUGACAGCGAAUUGACCGGCGAUCCCAACUUUUUCAUGGGUCCUAAUCUACUUUUAGAUAGUGUCAUUCGUUGUCGCUACCGAUCACUUGAUGUUGAAUAUACCUGGUUCAAUGGCACUGUGCAAAACGUCCAAUUCCAAAAUUCCACCAAUGGAACGAUUUCAGAACUCUACCAUGGCUACCGCACUCCCACUUCGGUGUCUGGCACCAAUCCGACAUUGCUCGAUAUUUUGUCCCAAGCCGCAAUGCAAGCAACCACGGCCGAUUUUUGCCGGACUUGGGCCAAUCUUCUCUCCGGGGAAAUCAUGAGUGUGGUUGGUGGCGUUACCACUCCUCGUUCAAACACAAUACAGCAGGAUCGUGUACCACAGUUAGUGGUGAAGAUCUGGGUUCCGUCUUUGGUGUGGCUCCUUUUCUGCUGCCUUAUGUACCCCGUCGCGGGACUUAUCCUCACGAUACUCGCCGCGCAAACCUCGCGGGAACAUUAUAUUGGUGCCGCGGUUUCAAGGGUCAGUCUGCAUGGGUUUGCAGAGCAAGGCUUCGCAGAUCAGCACAACGAUUCAGUCGUUGAGACCUCUACGGGAGAAGGCACUGAGGAUGACACUGUGCGAGUGGGUUUUGGCGACGAUUUGCGCUUCAAGAAAUGGCCCAUGGAAGCUAGAUCUGCGACACAUGUCAAUACGAUUGGGGUAGACUAG